CCUGACACACCUCCGCCAGCGUUCUCUCCGCCGAGUCCUCUGUCCUCUGUCACAAAUGGCUGCCCAGGCAACGUUCAAGUCCAUCAAGGCCGUCGUGCCCCUCCUUGACCGUGUCCUCGUCCAGAGGUUCAAGCCCGAGACGAAAACCGCGACGGGCAUCUUCCUCCCUGCGUCUGCUACGAGCAGCCCGCUGCCCGAGGCGACCGUCAUCGCGACCGGCCCCGGCGCGCCGAACAAGGAAGGCAAGGUCGUCCCGACGGUCGUGAAGGCGGGCGACCGUGUGCUCCUCCCUGGCUGGGGCGGCAACUCGAUCAAGGUCGGCGAGGAUGAAUUCUUCCUCUUCCGGGACUCGGAGAUCCUUGCGAAGAUCCAGGAGUGAGUGGAUGGAGGUUCGUCGCGGGGUGCGUGAGGGGUUGGAUUAGGGCGGCCGGUAUGGUGUAUGGGCUGUGGUCCGGGUGUAGGGCCUGACAAAAGUUUGCUAUCAUAUAUUCGGUGCUAUGGUUAAUUGAUCCAGCAUGUUUUCGGC